CAUGCAGGAGUCUCCAAGCCCACCACAGCAGACAGUUGAUUUGGUCAUCAACUUUCCUGAUCUACUUCAACAGCUGAAAGUCUAAACUUGUAGCCACUCAUAGUGAGUGGGGAAACCGGGACUUGAAAGUAGGACAGGAGCAGUCUGGCCCCCUUUCCUUUCGAACCAGAGGCACAGACUCGUGACAAGUGAAGACACGGCACCGGUCUUAGGGAAAGGAGAGGAGAUUUUUCUGGGACAAUUGCUGCAGUCAUUGAGGAGCGAAGCCCCUGGGACACAGACCCGUGUGUCCACAUUGCAGAAAAUCCAUUUAUAACGAGUUAUUUUCUUUUGAAAUUAAGGAGGAACAUUCACUGAACAGAAAUAAUCACCACCUGAAAACAUGCACAAGAGCACCAAGAUAAAGAUUGCCAUCUUUGUGCUGCUGGUGGGCAUGGCUUGCACAUUCACAGCCGUGGUAACGGACCACUGGGCAGUGUUGAGCCCACGGGUGGACAAAGUCAAUGAGACCUGCGAGGCAGCUCACUUUGGCCUGUGGCGACUGUGCAAGAAGCAGAUUUUCAUGGGCGUGGAUAACUUUGUGGAGGGACGAGGCUGCGGACCCAUGAGUCGGGCUGAAGCGGGAAACUGCACUUACUUCGGGCACUUCACUCCAGGGCAGGAAAGUGAGAUAUUUGAAUAUAAAACACAAAAAGAGUACAACAUCUCCGCUGCUGCCAUCUCCAUCUUCUGUCUGGGCUUUAUAAUACUGGGGUGUCUCUGUUUGGUGGGAUCGUGUACUGGUAAGGGCAAAGGAAGAGACUACCUCCUCAAACCUGCUGGCAUGUUCUUUGCAUUUGCAGGUCUGUGCAUGUUUGUCUCACUGGAGGUGAUGCGUCAGUCAGUCAAGCGAAUGAUUGAGAGUGAGGACACAAUCUGGAUCGAAUACUACUACUCCUGGUCCUUUGCUUGUGCGUGCUCUGGCUUUGUCAUCCUCUUCCUCACUGGCAUUGCCCUCCUGCUCCUAUCCAUGCCCCAUAUGCCCAGGAAUCCAUGGGAGACUUGCAUGGAUGCUGAGCCGGAUCAAGUAGAGUGAUGGCCACACAGACUUACUAACGCGGGAGCAGAGCGACUGUGCCUUUUUAUGGCCGCCGUCAGAGUCUGGCUCUGGUGAGGAUGGACAAUAACCAUGAUGGAAAAAUGUUACCUCCCAACACUUACACAGCAACCUGAAUAUUGUCCUUUGGUUGGAGUUUUAAAUGUUUACUUUGUCCUGCAUACCCACACGGAGCGUCAUAUACACAAUUCCAAUAUUCGCCGCCUUCCUGCGUCUGAUUCACGGUGGAGAACCAGCGCUCAGAUGUGACUUGUGGCGUUAAACACAUUGUAUCACAGAGCUGGGCGAAAUGGUACUACACCUGAAACGGCCCUUUGUGUUGCUCCCCUUUGCUCCUUAUUCUUAACAACUUAUUUUUUAUCAUCUGAAAAAACCAAAGAUGUUUGACUGAUUUCCGUGUUUUGUGUCCAUAGUUAACGUUAACCCAAGUUUAAUGUAAGUGCUGUUUUAUGUUUGAUAUUUACAUGAUUUCUUUGUGUGUCAACAGCCGUGGAGUCAUCUAUCAUAAGGAAGACAGAAGAAAAUAGGUUUACUUAAAUUCAUUUAGUACCCAAAUAGAUAAAUAUCCAAUUAAAAUAGAACUUUGAGAGCAAAACAGUAGCACGGAGCAGGUGUGUGUGUAUGUGGCAGGCUGAAUGCUAAACACCCACAGUCACAGCACAGCACUGAUGGUGCUGGAAAAGGUUCAGUUCCAGCUCGUGCACAGAGGCGGCCUUUUACUUCAUGUUGAUUACAAACAUUUCUCUGUUCAUUGUCACAGAUUGUUGUGUGUACAUAUUACUGUGUAUGAGUAUGGAUCAAA